AUGGCAUUCUCUAUAUCCCUCCUUCGCUCUCCAGUGACUUACACCCAUCCCGCUCAUUAUUCCCUACGCUUUCCAACACAGCUGGGGGGAGACUCUAUCAUCCUGCUUGCUCCUUUUCCCAUUCUACAUUCCUUUCCCCGCGCACAUCUCUGUCCGUCUAUAUCUGAUGAUGAUAGUGCCCAGAGCACCGGCCUGCCAGACGUCUUCUUAGACGACGUUACCGACGACUACUUAGAUAGUGAGACCGAGACAGACAGCAGCGAUGACCUAGAUGAUAAUUCUAACAAUGACUCGACCUGGAUGAUGAGAAGGGCUAGUUUUGCUUAA